AUGAGGGGGGACAGUUUGCUGUCGGUGGAGAGGCUGAGGUGCUGGAGACUUUGCAGGAGGAGCCGUUUGAGGUCUCUUAGGUCUCGACUACUGGCAGCCAGUUUGACUUGCACUGUCCUAGUGGUGUAUGUCUGCUCUCAGGAUCUCAUUGCUGGACCUAUUAACUUCCCUUUGCUUUGGGGGACCACUACCCCUCCCAAGCAAGUCACUGUCUUAAUAUGGUAUGAGCCAUUUGGCAAACGGCGAAGGCUUGGGGAUUGCCACAUGCUCUUCAAUGUCACGGGGUGCCACAUCACAACCAACAGGAGUCUUUACCAGGAGGCAGACGCCAUUAUGUUCCACCACCGGGACAUUUCCGAUUUCAGUGACCUUCCUUUCCGAAGGCGCCAGAGCUCCCAAAAGUGGAUCUGGAUGAACUUCGAAUCUCCGUCCCAUUCGCCCUGGCUGGCGAGUCUCGGGGGCAUCUUCAACUGGACCAUGUCCUACAGGGUGGACUCGGAUAUCUUCAUGCCCUACGGCUUCUUAUUCUCCAAGAAACGUGCCAAAAUAGUCCUGCCGCGCAAGAGAAAGCUGGUGGCCUGGGUGAUCAGCAACUGGAACGAGGACCACGAAAGGGUCCAGUAUUACAACGAGCUGAGGAACUACGUCGAAAUCGACGUUUACGGCCGGUAUGGGCUGGAUUUAAAAGAGGACAACAUCGUCAAGACCGUCUCGGAGUAUAAAUUUUACUUGGCUUUUGAGAAUUCCUUGCACACAGAUUACAUCACGGAAAAGCUGUGGAGGAACGCGUUUAAAUCCAACGCCAUCCCCAUCGUCAUGGGGCCCAGCCGCUAUAACUACGAGAUGUUCAUACCGCGCAGCUCUUUCAUUCACGUGGACGAUUUCUCCAGCCCCAGGAAGCUGGCCAUGUACCUGAAGCACCUGGAUAAAAACAUUCACUUGUACCGCAGGUAUUUCACGUGGAAGAAGCGUUACGACGUGCACGUGACGUCUUUCUGGGACGAGCAUUACUGCACCGCGUGCCAGAGCGUCAAGGCUGCGGGGAACCAGCAUCGGACCGCGUCGGAUAUUGCAGGCUGGUUUGAAAGCUGA